CACCGCAGCUGCCGCUGCCUGCUCGUUGCCGCGUCUUCCCGGAGGCGACUGCUGGAAGCCGCCCGGAGCAGCUGCGGUGCUCUGCCAUAUUGUGUCUUCCUUGGGCCGUCCCUCUCCUCUCCGCUGCGCGGCCGAGCUGACGGAUUGUAAGAGUAAAUGGGUCCAGUAAUUGGAAUGACUCCAGAAAAGAGAGCUGAAACUCCAGGAACUGAAAAAGUUGCAGGAUUAAGCCAGAUUUACAAAAUGGGAAGCUUACCUGAAGCUGUUGAUGCUGCCAGACUAAAAGCCUCUCUAGUGGACAGUGAUUCAGCAGACGAUGAACUUACUAACUUGAAUUGGCUUCAUGAAAGUACAAAUCUUCUAACAAACUUCAGCUUUGGAAGUGAAGGCCUUCCAAUUGUUAGUCCAUUGUAUGACAUAGAGGGAGAUGAAGUGCCAUCAUUUGGACCAUCUUGCUACCAGAAUCCAGAAAAAAAGUCAGCAACUUCAAAACCCCCAUACUCUUUUAGUCUUCUCAUUUAUAUGGCUAUUGAGCACUCUCCUAAUAAAUGUUUGCCUGUCAAAGAAAUUUAUAGCUGGAUUUUGGAUCGUUUUCCAUAUUUUGCUACUGCACCAACGGGCUGGAAGAAUUCUGUUCGCCAUAAUCUGUCCCUGAAUAAAUGUUUUCAGAAAGUGGAAAGAAGCCAUGGCAAGGUUAAUGGAAAAGGUUCCUUAUGGUGUGUUGAUCCAGAAUAUAAACCCAAUCUUAUGCAGGCACUGAAGAAGCAACCUUUUUCCUCAGCUUUAACAUUUUACACCCCUCCUGCAUCUCCACAAAGUGGCUCUUUAUCUCCUCAUUACUUAAGCUCUGUACUCAAGCAGAACCAGGUGCGAACCCUCAAAGAAUCUGAUAUUGAUGCUGCCACUGCAAUGAUGCUUUUAAAUACUUCUAUAGAACAAGGAAUUUUAGAAUGUGAGAAGCCUCUUCCUCUUAAAACAGCAAUGCAAAAAAAGAGAAGUUAUGGCAAUGCAUUUAAUCAUCCCAGUACCGUGCGAUUACAAGAGAGUGAUUCGUUAGUCACCAGCAUCGAUCCAAAAGAAGACCAUAAUUACAGUGCAAGUAGUAUGGCAGCACAGCGUUGUGCAUCCAGGUCUAGUGUAUCUUCCUUGUCUUCUGUGGAUGAAGUAUAUGAAUUUAUCCCAAAGAGUAGCCAUGUGGGAAGUGAUGGUAGUGAAGGAUUUCAUAGUGAAGAAGAUACUGACGUUGAUUAUGAAGAUGAUCCUCUUGGAGAUAGUGGCUAUGCAUCACAGGCUUGUGCAAAUGCCUCUGAAAAAGGGAAGCCUGGCAAAAAGAUGCAAAAACGGUCAUGUCAAGAAAUUGAUGAGGAGCUCAAAGAGGCAGCUGGAUCUCUGCUCCACCUUGCUGGAAUUCGUACAUGUCUGGGUUCCCUAAUAAGUACUGCAAAGACACAAAAUCAGAAGCAGAGGAAAAAAUAGAAGUACUUAUUAGUGUGAAAUUAAUUUAAAGUGUGGCAAUACUCUUCUACUUAGUUCUUUACAAGGGAUAUCAAAGCCAUAAUGGACUUCCUUUUGUUUUAGGGUGGGGGAGGGGUGCUAAUAACUUGUUUCUUUCAAAACAUUUUUGGUUUCUUUUGUUUUAAAAUUGCUGUUUAGGAUCAUGCCCAAUCAUAACUAUGAUGUGAAGUCCUAAAAGCAUAAUUUUUGUGAUAAGUGUCUACAAAGUUUAGAAAUUUUUAUAUAAGAAAAUCUCCAGCUUUUGUCCUAAACUUGUAGGGAAAAUCUUUUAUUUUUAUUAAUAUGUCAAAAUAUAAGAAUUGAAAACUCUAUAACUUUUUUUCAUUUUCUUUUCCAAUCUAAAUUAGUUGCUGAUCCAGCUAAAUUUUUUUCUGAUGUAUUUCUCACAUAUGCCUCUCCUGACACAAUCCAAUAGGAUGAGAUUUAAAUUUUUGUCUUAAAUUUUGUUUUAAUUAUUCUUGUUGAAGCAUCAACAUAGUUAAAUAUACAUUGGAAAAGGUCAUAGGUACCUAGAAAGUUCCAUUUGGUUACAUAGGCAGGGAAUACAACAAAUUCUAAGAUUUGGAAAAGGCAAUUUUGCAAUGUAAUUUAAUCUAAGAAUGCUCUAAUUCCUAUUACAAUGUUAUCUUUAUUAUUAUUACUAUUUUACUUCCCAGUUGUUGCAUAACAUUUGUUGGAUUCUUUUAUUCUUUUCCAAAUUGCUUUGCAACCAUUGUUUAAAUUUUAAAUACCAGCUGUCUUCGUUCAAUAUAAACUAUCCAAUGGAGAAUAUAGCCAUAAUAUGUUAUUGAGUUAAUACCCAUUUUGACACACUUUUGCAAUAAGAGAAUCUUUCCUUUGCUUGUUAAAUGCACUGCAUUAUAAAGAAUCUUGUAAUAGGAAUUGAGUGUAAUCUAACAUAAACAUUGUGAAUACUUAUGUCAUCACAAAUAAAGGUAGGUCAUUCAGGAAAAUAUAUCUGUCCAAGUAUUAUGUUAAUUAAAUUUGUAUGCAAAAAUAACUUCAAAAAAACUAACAGGAUACCUUCACAGAUUUCAAAAUUCAUAAAAAUUAGAUUUUACGCAGUCUAUCCUCUUAAUGAGGCAGUAUAAUUAAUACCUAUUAUGUGCCAUUAUUCCAUGCUAGAAGAUUUUAUUACUGUUCCAAAUAUGCAUUGACUAUGGUAUUUUUUAAGUAUUCAAACAAAUCUGCCUGAAUAAGAAACAUUUUCUUAUAUCAUUUGUAGAGUGUAUAUCAUAAAGAACAAGGUAUACUAUUAAAACUAAAUUUAUUCAUUAUAUGUAUUUUUUACAGUGGUGAAAGCAACUUUCAAAAAAUCCAAUCUUAUCUCAUUCUACAUCCUUUUUCAUAGACAAUGACCUUGUCUUAAUUUGUAUGUUAAUUUUAUAUUUACAUACCAUAUAUAUGUACAUACGUACAGACACAGGAUCAUGAUUUUGGUUGUUACCUUCAACUGUUUCUAUGACUAUAAUGCAUUUUUUGGGUUGUUUUUUUUUUUUUUUAAAGAGACAAAUAUUUUUAUUUUAACUUCUAAAUUUUAUUUGGGCAAAACUGUCAAAUGAGAAGCAUAAUGAGAAUGUCUUUUAGCUGGCAAAACUUUAAGCCAGGGACAACCACAUUAAUAUAAUCUGUCUUGGUUCCAUGUUAAUUAUAAUUGAAACUGGAUAGCCACAUUAAUCAAAAUUGGUGCUGUUGAUAUAUAGUUAUUUUCUAAUUUGUUGAUAAUGAAAAACUGUUCUUAAGUAUGCAGGAUGAAGUAUUUGGAUUUUCUUAUUCUUCAUAUCUAAUACAGAAAGGGCUACCGCAAGUUAGCACCUUUUACUGUAGGAAGUGAAUAUUUAACACCAAAAAAAUUGCUCUUACCACAGUGUGAACAGCAAAAAGAUCAUAAAUAUUGUUAUAAUAAUAAUAUUCUUAAGCUAUUUGCCAUGGUAGUGUUUCAAUGAUCUGGUUCCAGUUUAUAUUGUUCUACUGAAAUUCUGUACCACAAAUGUUCUCUCUUGAUGUCUAUCCAUUGUGUAAUUAUUCUUUAUAAAUAAAGGAAAAUGAGCUAAGAUAAGGAGGGGGAGAGUUCACAAUUCUAAUAGGAAUCUCAAGGUGAUUUUGUUUUAAUAUAAAUAACAGAAACUUUAUAAAUUUUCUUCUCUCCUUCCUGUACUCUUCCCACAAAUUUAAAAGUUUAUGUUAUAUUCAUUACUAGCAAGGACUAUAAGGACUUUUGGAUUAAGAGCUAACAGGAAAAAGUUAAACAAUGUUUUAUUUGUAAUUUAUAUACAAAAUUCAGUGCAUCACUUUUAUUUGCUAUUAGGUAGCUAUUUUGAAGGGGAAGAACCUUUUUAAUUGUGGCCCCCAUUUACUACUUUCAUGGAUAUUAUGACCCUAUUCAGGUGUGUAGAGAUUAAAAACAUGGCUAAUAACCACCCAAUUAAGGAAAGUCAUUCUAAGUCCUAUGAACUGGAAGUUGUAUUUCCAAGAAUAAAUCAAUAUAAUUUUUAAUGUAACAAAAACAAUUUGGUAAUCCCAGAAAGGUAUUAUUUUCCAAUAUAUCUUAAAACUGUGAUUUAAGCUUACAUAUAAUUUGCCUUACAUCAAAAUAUAAAUUGUACUUUAAAACCAUUCUGGUUUUUAAUAUAUCCUUAGUAAAAGUUUUGACCCAUCACAAUCUUCAUCUUUUGCCACCCCCAUUAGGAUCAGUGUUUCUUGAAUAUAUAUUUUUGAAAUUUAUUUGUGCAAUAUAUUGCUAAAUUAGUUAAUAUUUUACUUUUCAAAUUCAGAGAAAUGAAACAGUACUUGUAUUCAUGGAAAAGAUAAUUAUGGUGGAUCACCUCCUUUUUUCCAACUUUGAACCUUUCCCUGUCCUUACAGCCAGCAUGACUUAAUUUUGAUUCCUUUGUAAAUAGUGAAAUUUAAAAUCUUUUCUUUUGCUACUUUGAGGCAUUAUGUAAAGGGUUCAUAAUAGAUGGUCAGCUAAAUAUAUGUUAGUGCCAAUUCAAGGCAAGAGGAAGUGUUAAGGAGAAAUUGUAUGAGUCUUGAUAGACCAGGAGGCCUUUGUCUGCAAUUUAAGCAACAGAUGUGAAAACUUCACAAAGCUGUAAAGACCAUUGUCUUAAAUAUUACAGUAACUUAAUCUUUUGUGAAGAACAUAGCUAUUUAAUUAAGAAAUUUUGAGGCUUUCUGGUUUACAUAUAUUUUAGCUUUUAGUUCAAAAUGUGAAGCUUUGAAAGUUUAUUUCAAUAUGUUAAUGAUGAAGACAAAAUAUUUAUUGAAAGAAAGACUAGGGUAUUUUAAUGUUAAACCUGCCAUUUUUUUUCCUUAAAGCACAUUCUUUGCAUCUAACUGCCAGUGCCAUUGUCAAACUUGUUUUUAAAAUUGUACAUUUCUUAUUAAACUGCUUAAUUUUAAAGUAUUAUGUUGCCACCAUAUAGUGUAUAAAAAUGUAUAAUUGCCAAUUCAUUGUAACUAUUAUUUAUUUUUAAAUGAAAGUAUAAGAUUGUUUUCUGAUUCAAGAAAUUUUAGUUACCCUCUUCUAAUGUAGCAUAAAAAAAUUGCCCUGAGUUUGAGUUAUAACUGCCAGUAGAUAAGUCACAAGUGAACCACUUCUCAGUUGCCAGUCUUUGCUCAUAUUAAAAACAACUGAACAAAUACUUAGUUUUUGUAUCUAAUCUGAUUAUUAAAAUGUUUAUAAAGUUUAUUUUUACCAAAGAGAUGCAGUUCAUUAUGAUAAAGUAUUGCAGAAUAAACUUUGUUUUAUAACAU